AUGGAGAUGGAACAAGAGAUGGAUGAAGAGAUGGAGCAGGAGCUGUUCGAAGAGGAUCAGUUUCAAGAGCCAGAGGAGUUUCCAGAGCCUAUGCAGUUUCCAGAGGCAGAGCCUCCACAAGAGGCAGAGUUUGGCCAAGGGCCGAGGGCCUCUCUAAGUUUGAGCAGCCAAGAGAAAAACCUUAUUGUACAGUUCCUUCAACAGCAAUGCCGUGCUGGAGCACUUCCACAUGGUUCACUCAUAGAAGCUGCAACAAAAUCCAGAGUGCAUCCAAGGACAGCCAGUCGCUUGUGGAGGAUAGCCGCUCAUCAAAUUGAACAAGGCCAACCUGUUGUCAUGAAAGGCGAAGCAUCAGGUUAUACUAAGAAAAAGGUAAAAAAACUUGCUAUUAAGAUGGAAGUUAGCAAGUCCACAGCUGGCAGAUGGGUGAAGGGAAAUAAAAUCAGACCACAUACAAAUGCCAUCAAGCCUGCACUCACUGAUGUGAACAAAAUUUCAAGAAUGAGAUGGAGUCUUAGUCAUAUUCAGCCAACCAUAUCUGAAGGAAAGCUUCUCUAUCAUGCAAUGCACAACAUUGUUCACAUUGAUGAGAAAUGGUUCUACAUGACAAAGACUUCAGACAGAUACUACCUGUUGCCGGAGGAGGAUGAGCCUUACAGGUCUUUCAGUAGGCCACUGUUUGGCAGUGAUGGGCAGCCCAUCUUUGAUGGUAAAAUAGGCAUAUUUCCAUUCACACAACAAGUGCCAGCCAAAAGGAAGUCAAAGAAUAGGCCAAGAGGGACACUAGAGACAAAGUCUAUCCAAUCAGUUAGCAAAGAAGCCAUGAGAGAAUGCCUUCUUAAUCAGGCAACUAAGCAUUCAAUCACAAUUCAUGCUCGGAUUAUACCAACAAUCAAGGCAAAGUGGUCAGCCAACGCAAACAAGGAGAUAUACAUCCAACAAGAUAAUGCCAAACCCCACUUGAAAUCCUCUGACUUACAAUUUGAGGCUAUUGCAAGUACAGAUGGUUUUAAAUUCCAUCUAGUUAGCCAACCAGCCAACUCCCCAGAUACAAAUGUACUAGACCUUGGCUUUUUUAGGGCCAUUCAGUCUCUGCAAGAUGACAAACUAGCCACCAAUAUAGAUGAAUUGUUGGCAAAUGUUUGGAGAUCUUUUGAGGAACUCACACCACAAACUCUGAACAAUGUUUUCCUAACAUUGCAAAGCUGUUUAACCAAGAUCCUAGAAGUCCAUGGGGGCAACAACUACAAAAUACCCCACUUGAACAAAGAUAGGUUGAGUAGGACAGUGGGGCUGCCUACCUCACUUGAGGUUGAAGAGAAUCUGAUUAGGGACAGCUUGGAGUAUCUUCUACUACCUCAUAAUGAUGUGGGUGGAUCAUAUGAAAUAGGACAUCUAAGUAAUGUGUUGGGGUAG